UUGUUGGUAUGUUUGUGGGACUGUCUCAAACUAGCUAGAACAAGGUAGAAAGUGAAGUAAUAAUAAUGUCCGGGGCACGGGGAGCAUUGCCGAAGGAGACGAAGACGGCGACGAUAUACGAAUCAGUGGAAGGAGGGAAGAAUAGGACCAAGAUGGACCUACGUGCCAGGGAAGACCAGGGUGGCAUUCAGGUUGAUAAGCUGGAAGAAAAGGUGGAAGAUCCUAUUGGCGACGCUGGCCCUAUCUUUGGCUCUGCCAAAGAUGAUAACAACAACAACAACCAAGACUUGGGCGUCACCGGCACAGCCUAGCUAACCUACUGCUGUGCUACUCGUCUCAUCUCUUGUUUAGUUUCCCCUUGCGUUUGUCAUCCUUUUUUCUUUACAUGUAUGAUACAAGAUGUAAUAAUAUGUAUACGCCUAUGGAAUAACACAAAUUUUGCACCGAAA